UAUCAUGCCAGAAGUGAACUCCAGAAGAAACAAUCCUCUGACAAGAUCCAGAACCUCUCAUUCGUCCUCGAGGGCAUUCACAAGGUCAAGUAUGAAGACCGACCAGUGCCCGAAUUAAAAGACCCCCACGAUGUCAUCAUCAACGUCAAAUUCACCGGUAUCUGCGGUAGCGAUGUCCACUACUGGGAGCACGGCGCAAUCGGCAACUUCGUCGUGAAAGACCCCAUGGUCCUAGGCCACGAGUCCGCCGGAAUAAUCAGCAAAGUAGGAUCCGCCGUCAAGACCCUGAAAGUAGGCGAUCGCGUCGCCAUGGAACCCGGCAUUUCCUGCCGUCGCUGCGAACCCUGCAAGGCCGGCAAAUACAACCUCUGCGAGAACAUGCGUUUCGCCGCUACCCCGCCCUACGACGGCACCCUCGCCAAAUACUACACUCUUCCCGAAGACUUCUGCUACAAGCUACCAGAGAACCUAUCCCUACAAGAGGGCGCCCUCAUGGAGCCCCUCAGCGUCGCUGUGCACAUCGUCCGCCAAGCGGGCGUCAGCCCCGGACAGACCGUCGUCGUCUUCGGAGCCGGACCCGUCGGUCUGCUCUGCUGUGCUGUUGCGACAUCGUUCGGCGCUUCCAAGGUCAUCGCUGUCGAUAUCCAAGAGCAGCGUCUUGAGUUUGCGCGCGGGUACGCGACUACGUCGACGUUCAUGCCUGGUAAGGUUGCAGCGACUGAGAACGCGGAGCGUCUGAAGGAGGAGAAUGGACUCGGAGCUGGUGCGGAUGUGGCGAUUGAUGCUUCGGGUGCUGAACCCUCGGUGCACACUGGUAUUCAUGUUCUGCGGAAUGGUGGUACCUAUGUGCAGGGAGGUAUGGGUCGGAGUGAGAUCCAGUUCCCGAUUAUGGCGGCUUGCUCGAAGGAGUUGAAUAUCAAGGGUAGUUUCCGGUAUGGAAGCGGGGAUUACAAGUUGGCUGUUAGCUUGGUUGCGUCUGGGAAGGUGGAUGUUAAGAAGCUUAUUACUGGUACGGUGAAGUUUGAGCAGGCUGAGCAGGCGUUUAUUGAGGUGAAGGCUGGUAAGGGUAUCAAGACGCUGAUUGCUGGUAUUGACGAAUAA